AUGGAGGAUACGCUAAAUCUGGAGGUGACGACGAACGUCAAUCAAUUUCCGUAUGAAAAGAAGUUUCCUUCAACGAUUCCACUUCGUGAGCUCAAGAAAAAGUUGGAGCUUGUCGUCGGUACAAGUGGAGAUUUGAUGAAAAUAGAAGUCUUUGACAGUGAAGGGAAUUUCGUGGCUACAUUGAGCGAUGACAGCAAAUCAAUAGCCGAGCUUGGAGUGCGAAAUGGUAUGCGGAUUCAUGCAACGGAUAUUACAGGACAAAACCUCGAGCUGAAUAAUGGGGAUAUGGUGGAAAAGUAUAACAUCAGUGACGAAGCGUACAAUAAUCGAACAGACUCCGUACGCGCGUUAAAGAAAAAGAUGAUGGCAGAGAAAGCGCAAGAAGAAGGAAACACGCAGGCUAUCGAUCCAAAUCAAUUGGCCGCUGCAAACAUGAAGGUUGGAGAUCGCUGUGAAGUUCGAGUGAAAGGCAAUAUGGAGAGACGGGGAAUCAUUGCCUUUGUUGGACCAACAGAGUUCCAAUCCGGUUAUUGGGUUGGCGUUCGAUACGACGAACCUGUUGGAAAAAACAACGGCAGUGUGGCUGGUGUUAGAUACUUUGCAUGCGAUGACAAGUAUGGAGGAUUUGUGCGACCGGUUGAUGUGCAUGUUGGCGAUUUUCCCGAACUCGAACUCGAAAUGGAUGAGCUC